CAGUCCAAAGCCAGCUCUAACGGACGAAACACUUAAACGAGUGCACUUUCAGAGGAGCUGCUCUACGUUGUUCAUCCUGCUGCCCUGUCUCUGUCAUGCUAAUGCUAAUCACUCUCUCUGCUUUAUAUUCAGCCUCUCUUGCUUUCUUCACAUUGUGCUAUCUUUUGCCUUAUCUCUCCAUUUCCUUCUUUCACUCUUUCUUUCUCUCACUCACUCUCUUCCUCCACCCUGCAUGAGCGCUGACUGUCCGAGGACUCCUGCAGGCGAGUCUGCAUCACCUUGAAGUUCGCUGCUGCCUCCCCGCAGUCCCCUCCCUCCAUACUCCUCCUUCAGUCCUUCUCUUGCUCUCCUCCUCCUCCUCCUCCUCCACCACCACCUCUUUCACGUCCUCCUUUAUUCCCAUCUCUGUCCUUUUUUCCCUCUCUCUCUCUCUAUCUGUCCUCAUUCCAGUCUUCUUUUUAUCUUUUUUUCCAAAAUGUAUCAGAACGUGUGGAUUGCCAACUAUCUCAGCCAUGUCAAGUGCUGUCAAGGCAUCACAGGGGAGGCCAUCACCAAAGUUUCCAGACCCAAACUACAGCAAAGGGCAUUUAGCCUUCAUAAACAGUUCUCAUCCGAGGUUAAAGACGACAUUGCCCAGACCACAAAAGCUGUCGAUGUCAAUCAUAUUGUCUCUCUACCCAAAGUCUCGGAGUUAAGGAAACGUUUUGAGCGUGUCAGUAAUAGUCAAAGUGACUGCUGGGACAUGAACAGGAAAGAGCGAAUUGCACGCCGGCUGGAAGGAAUUGACAAUGACCUUCAGUUUUCAGUAAGCGCUGGUCUGGUGACCAAUCGGCUUUUGGAGGAGGACACUCCCAGAUACACUCGUGCCACAGACUUGUGUGAACCAUGCCCAGUUCCUGUUCAGCACUUUAGCAAAGAUGAGUCUGGUCUGUCAGCCCCUUACAGCUCUGAGAGUGUGUCACUGCACCAAAGCCGAAUGGAUACGCACGUAGCCAAAACUGAGCCCAGCUGCAACCCCGGCUCUGCUGUAACAGCCGAGCAGGAAUCUAAAGCUGAGCGCAUCGCCCGCUACAAGGCUGAACGCAGACGCCAGCUCUGUGAGCGUUACCGCAUUUUACUGGAUGAAGAUAUUGACACUGACCAUGCCAGCCAGCACUCAAGAAUGCGACGGGACCCUGAGGGGUCUGAGCGCCAGUACAGGGGGCAGGUGGAGGGAAAAGAUGAGGUGGAACAUAAUGCCAACACCGUGAAUGUUCAAACAGGUAGAAUCACUGCUCAGGCCAACAUGGAGCAGGAGUACAGCAAGGAGCAGGCUGAGAUGUUCUCUGAACAUGAGAAGAGGAUGAAUCUGGAAAACCAGAAAAGGGCCCAUGAUCAAGGAAGAAUAUAUGGAGAAGGAGUAGCUUCAGACCAAUCUGCCCCUUACAUAGACACUUCAGGGGAGGCCAGAAUCUUAAGGGAACACGGGGUGACCGGCUCUCCCAAGGCAAGCCGACCUGCAAAGCAAGUGGCUUCACCUGAGGAUUUACUUAGUGACCAGAAUUUCCACAGCAAGCAAGGCUCCUAUAGUCAAUGGUCACUCCAGACUGAUUCAGAAGGGGACACCAUUUCCCCAAUCAACUGGCCCUCCAGAAUCAGAGUCAGGGAGAGACUGGCUCGUGAUGAGCCGUCAGACCGGCGUGCAGAACUUGGUUCUGGAUCAGAAUUCCCUGUGUACCACAGUCAUAAUCAUCCAAAAUCCCACUUUCCAUACAGUUCAUCUCGUCUGCACCAUUCCCGUACUGGGCAUUUUGAGCAUCAGGACCAUAGAUGUCAUGGCUAUCUUUCCACUGGCACUGAGCUUGCUUGCCCUCAAGUUUGGCAAGAAGCUGAAGUGCAAAGGGAGAAAACCGAUAGUCAGGCAUUUGCAGAUGGGAUCUUGGGGAUCGGGAAAGCAGUUUUGCCAUCUGAGGUCAGACGGAGAGAGAGAAGUGUCGACGACAUCCACCAUGGAAGAUCUAAUAAUACAGAUCUGACCCCACACCACCAUGCUGCACCAAACAAAGAGGAAAUCCUGGUAGGAGAGCCAAGAGCAAGGCAGGGGCGAUGGUCAAGGAGGGAGGAGUAUACUGAACAUGUAUCUCGACUUCAAGCAACUGAAGAAAUGUUUGCAAGAGCCAGGCAAGCCCAGGAGAGAGAACCCAAUGGCUGGUAUAACCAACAUGGAACCAGCUAUCUGCCAUCAGGCGCCCAAGGCUCUACUGUAGUGUCAAGUAAUAGAUCAGCCGCAGAUCCAACCAAGCAAAUUAGUCAGUACAUGUCAGACUCUGGAAAACCCCAAGCCACUCUUGCAAAUGCUAACCAGGAAGUCAUUCACAGAAGAGAGGUUGUUCCUCAGGAGACCAGGGCCACCACAGACCACUCUCCAGUGGACAUGAGAGUCUCUGUGGCUCAGUUGCGGCAUUCCUACCUUGAGAGUGCAACAAGUACCAAAAAACCUGAACAUAGGAUAGAGCACUUUCCUGCGUCUACUGAAGUGCCCUGGAGAAGCGAGCGAGGUGGUGGAAGAGCUUCCCGUCGCCCUCUGCGAUACAUAUUGCCCCAUGAGAAAGAGACUAGAAAGACUUCUGAGAGGUUUAGAACUCAGCCAAUCACGUCAGCCGAGAGGCAGGAGCCUGAUAGGUGUUGCCCAAUCCCAGAACCACAAAUCAAUGAAGUGGAUGAGGAGAAGUUGGACGAAAAAGCAAAGAUGAGUGUUGCUGCCAAACGCUCUCUCUUCAGGGAGCUGGAGAAAAGUGUGGAUGGCGCAGCUUUAAAGGCACAAAACAAAAAUGCUGCUUUAGCACGCAGACUGAGAAGAGGUGGGGACCGCUACCGUACCCAGCCCAUCACAUCAGACGAAGUUGUCAUUGCUGCUACUUCCCCUGUUCCCUUGUCACAGACUGUACCUGUUCAUUCUUCAGUAACAUGUGCUCCUAGUCCCACUGUAAUCAACAGCACAGUCACCCAACGCAGCUCUGUUGCGAGGGAACAGGCACGAGAAGCCCGCUCGGAGCAGGAAAAAGCAGAGGCAGAAAAGGGUCGUCAUAUUGAGGGAGGCCAGGAGGAGCCGGACCUGUCCACUCUCAGCCUGGCGGAGAAAAUGGCUAUUUUUAACAAACUCACACAGCAGUCCGGCAUGAACCCUGUCCGCCACAGAGACACUCGGACACGGCGCAAUAAUGCCCGUUACCAGACCCAGCCUAUCAUACCUGGAGAUGUGGAGCAGGAUGACUCGGACUGUGAUCUUUAUGAGGAGGAGAUGGGGCACUCAGAUGGACUGAGUGAUCUGGACCAUGAUGGAGGUGGCUCUCAUUUCACCCCUUUAUCAUCCUCUGCUGAAAAAUCAACCACCGUUUCUACAGUUCAUGCAGGCGAUAUCCAUCUGGCCCAAUCCAAAAUCCGUAAUGAACGAGAUGUGCCUCCUUGGCACCAAUCGCAACCUCUUUCAGCACUUCAGGGCAACAUGGGUCCCUCUGAACUACCUGGAGGUGAGCGAGGGGAGUCCAGCUUGGGUGUAGAUAUGAGGAAACUGAACACUGUAAAGCGAGAUCAGCAAAUCAACAAAGAGGCACUAACUUCAUAUGACCUCCAGGAGACAGACGGACAUCUGAGUUCAAGAUCGGGAGCAGCAGGUCUUCCUGAGCAGACUGUUUCAGUGAGCACCGCAGCAGAAGUAAAUACAUCUCAAGCUUUGAACAGGAGCUCUUCUCUCCCGCAGUGCACACACACUCAGCAGUUGCUGGAGUCCGGCAGAGAGGACAUCUCCGAGGACUGGAGGACCAGAGAAAGAGAACAAGAAGCAGAAUUGGCAGAGGAGAUUUCUGACAUCAUGUCAGCGAGGCAGAUAUCUAUCAGAGAGAGGCUGGCUCUGCUGAGGAAGAGUGGUGAGGAAGACUGGAGGAACAGGAUCAAUAAGAAGCAGGAUGUUGUUAAAGUGGCUAUUUCAGAGAGACAUGCUCAGCUGUGGGAGGUGGAACAGACCUUUAAAAAGAAGGGCAAUGGAAUAAUAGAUGAGUUAGCGGUCUCUGAUCAGCUCUGGGAUCCUGUCUUUUCUACCACUUUUUCCUCUGUGCCUGCGAGUGGCUCCGAGGCUCAGGAUCCCAUCGAAGCCUUCUCCCAGACACAACCCACGCUUAUGCAAGCAGAUGAACGCCACCCUUGGAGACGCAAGAGGAUAGGAGAAGCAGUAGUGGAGGAUCAGAAAAUCGAGCGCAUUGAGAUGUCCAUCCAAGAACGGAAGCAGCUCAUCACAACUCAAGAGGAUGCCUGGAAGGCCAAAGGUCGAGGAGCUGCCAAUGAUUCCACACAGUUUACCGUGGCGGGUCGUAUGGUCAAGAAAGGUCUUGCAGCCCCCAUGGUGCUUACAAAACCAGUAUUUAGUCCUGCGUCAUACAAAAAUAAAAAUGCCAUCUCCAAACCUCAGGAAGAGAUCGAGGUCAGAGAUGAUAUAAAACUUGAGUCAGACAAGAAGCUGGAGAAGUUGGAGUCCUUCUUGGGUAGACUCAACAGUAAAGUGGGUGGUCUUCCAGAGUCCACUAUUACAGUAACAGAAAAGAAGGUUAAAGAGGUCAUGAAUCUGGAUGAUGGGUGUUUUGAUAAGUUCUACAAGCACACUCAGGAACUGGCCAGUAUUACCAGUAAAAUUGAGAUUGAUCAAGACUUUGAUGCCAUCUUUGGAUCUCAGAUGCCAAAGCUGACCUCAGAGAUGGUGCAGCAUAAGCGUGCAGUACGUCCAGCCCGAAACGUGCAGGCCUCUAGAAACCCUCUGAAGAUACUAGCAGCACGUGAAGACAUCAGACAUGAGUACACAGAGCAGAGACUUAACAUUGGUGUCCUUGAGAGCAAGAGGAUCACUCAGGAAAAGAUGUGUAAGAGCAGUGGGUUCUCUGCUGUGGCUCUGGCAGGCUUGGCUAGCAAGGAGAACUUCAGCAGUGUGAAUCUGCGGAGUGUGAAGACCUCAGAGCAAAGCUCUCACAACAGUGCCAUGCCUUACAAGGCCAUCAUGCUCAUGCAGGUCAAAGGCCGCCGGCACGUCCAGACAAGGUUGGUCGAGCCGAGAGCUUCCUCUCUGAACAGUGGUGAUUGUUUCCUCCUGGUUACACCCCAGUACUGCUUUAUCUGGAUGGGAGAGUUUGCAAAUGUGAUUGAGAAAGCCAAAGCUGCAGAGUUGGCCACGUUCAUUCAGACCAAGCACGACCUUGGAUGCAGAUCCUCUUAUGUUCACACCAUAGAGGAGGGUAUUAAUACCCACAGCCAUGCAUCCAAAGAGUUCUGGAAGAUUCUGGGAGGGCAGACCAGCUACCAAGCUGCAGGGACUCCAGAGGAGGAUGAGUUUUAUGAAACAGCCAUAGUGGAGACAAACUGUGUCUACAGGCUUCACGAGGACAAGCUGGUGCCUAACGAUGAUUUCUGGGGCCGAACACCACGCUGCUCCAUGCUCGGCCCUACAGAGGUGCUGGUGUUUGAUUUUGGCAGUGAGGUGUAUGUGUGGCAUGGUAAAGAGGUGACCCUGGCACAAAGAAAAGUAGCAUUUCAGCUGGCAAAGCACCUAUGGAAUGGAACAUUUGACUACACAACCUGUGAUAUCAAUCCACUAGACCCAGGAGAGUGCAACACACUUAUCCCCAGGAAAGGGCAAGGCCGGCCAGACUGGGCUAUAUUUGGCAGGGUAACCCAGCACAAUGAGACUACACUGUUUAAGGAAAAGUUUCUAGACUGGAGCGACUCCAAGUUGGCUUCAAAGAAGAAUGAUGACACACAAGCUCUUGAAUCCAAGGAGGUGCAGAGUGGUGAAUGCCAGUCUUAUGAUGUAUCUCGGAUGUUGCCGGUGUCCAAUGUCCCCAUUCGGACUGUUCUGGAUGGCAUGGACGUGGGUCGAGGUUAUGGAAUGUUGGCGGGAGAUGACGGGAGGAACUUUGAGAUUAGCACUCUGUCUGUGGAUGUGUGGCAUAUCCUGGAGUUUGACUACAGUCGGCUGCCUAAGCAGAGCAUCGGGCAGUUCCAUGAGGGAGACACAUAUGUAGUUAAAUGGAAGUACAUGGUCAGUGCAGCAGUUGGAAGAAGGCUGAAUUCGGAGCGGACUGUUGGCCCGGGUAAGGAGAGGUGUGCAUACUUCUUCUGGCAGGGGCGUAACGCUACUGUUAGUGAGAAAGGAACGUCGGCUCUCAUGACCGUGGAGCUGGACGAGGAGAGAGGAGCACAGGUCCAGGUGCAGCAGGGGAAGGAACCCCCCUGUUUCCUUCAGUGUUUUAAUGGAGGCAUGAUGAUUCAUGCAGGAAAAAGAGAAGAGGAAGAAGAGAACACACAGAAUGACUGGAGGUUGUACUGUGUGAGAGGAGAGAAGCCAGUAGAGGGCCACCUGCUGGAGGUGGUGUGUCACUGCAGCAGCUUGCGCUCUCGGACCUCCAUGAUUCUGCUCAACGUCCCGAAAGCCAGCAUGUACCUGUGGCACGGGUGCAAGGCCCAAGCACACACGAGGGACGUGGGCCACACCGCUGCUAACAAGAUCAAAGAGCAGUGUCCUCUCGAGGCAGGACUUCACAGCAGUAGCAAAUUGACCAUCCAAGAGUGUGAGGAAGGCACUGAACCACUAGGAUUCUGGGAAGCUCUUGGGAGACGUGACCGCAAAGCAUAUGACUGUAUGAUUCAUGAUUUGGGGAAGUUUAACUUUACGCCGCGGUUAUACCACUUAAGCAGUGCAUCAGGAGAGUUUGCUGCUGUGGAGCUGAUUUGUCCAUCCAGAGAGCCGAACCUGGUCACCUCGAUGCCUUUCCACCAGGAAGAUCUGUAUAAUGUCACUCAGCCAGCUCUGUUUUUGGUAGACAAUCAUCAUGAGGUAUACCUGUGGCAGGGCUGGUGGUCUGAGGACAGUGAAAACACAGGCUCUGCUCGUAUCCGAUGGGACUUAGACAGGAAGUGUGCCAUGGAGACUGUGCUCCAGUACUGCAGAGAGAAAAAUGAGAAGAAGCCUCCAAAAGCCUACCUGAUUCAUGCAGGACUGGAACCACUUACAUUUACUAACAUGUUUCCCUGCUGGGAGCACAGAGAGGACAUCGCUGAGAUCACAGAGAAGGAAGCAGAAGUAUGUAAUCAGAUCAUUCUAGUGGAAGAUGUGUUGGCCAGACUCUGCAAAACCACCUAUCCACUCAAUGAUCUCCUGGCCAGGCCUUUACCUGAAGGUGUUGACCCUCUGCACCUGGAGCUCUACCUUUCAGAUGAAGACUUUCAAGGUGUGGGGGCCUAUGGGAAGAAAGCACUAGAGAUGACAAGGACGGAGUAUGAAGCUUUGCCAGGAUGGAAGCAGGUGAAUUUGAAGAAAGCCAAAGGAUUGUUCUAGUGGGUUUAAGAGUAUGAAGAUGCAUGGAUGGGCCGGUAAUCGCUGUUGCAGAGCAGAAAGAGAUGGAACAUGCAUGUGGUGCAUCCGACCCUCCCUUAUUACCUGAACUUUAUACCUGUAUAUACCUGUGUGGAGGUGCUGGUGUAAGUGCACUGGAAGGGGAUGUAAAAAGUACAGAAAGGAGUAGUGAAUAUGGACAGAGAUCAGCGGAGGUUUACCAGCCUCUUGAAGCAAAUCUCUUCCUAUUCCCUUUUUCAGUUUGUUAAAAUUGUAAAAAAAAAAAAGAUGUAAAAUACUGUAUGUGUAAUGUUUGUUUGACUGAGGUUUUGUGUUUUCCCGCUUUUUUGUUCAUUCCACUACAUGUCAACGUAGCAGAGGUCAAGCUGCGAUUACAGUUUUCUGUAAAUACAAAAGACCUAGUAUAAUUUGAGUAGCACAGUGACCACAUCACACCAGCAGAGUGUUUUUGCUUUAGUGCUCACAAUUAUCUUGCACUUUACAGCGAUUUUGUUGCAGAAAAUGUUUUUACAAAGAUAAUAAUGUACUAAACAUCCUGUCAAAUAUCUCUCAAAGCUUGAUCAACAUGCCAUCACAAGUUCCCCUGUUAUUAUACAGGUGCUGAAAGGUGUGAGUGUAACUGAAUAAUGUGUGAGGGUGUAGUGUGUGUUACAAAAUGAAAUACGUUGUUAAUUAAAUAAGAUUGAACCAGAGGUUAAUUAAAUCUCCUCACUCAGAUUCUACAGUGUAUAGUGCCUUUGCUUUCAUGUACAGUUUAUAUAAUGAAAAAUAAUAGUAUGCAAUUUGAAUAUUUUUGUGAAUAUAUAUAUAUAUAAAAUUAUAUCAGAGGGAAAUAAACAGUGAACUAUGAACAUA